GUGUUUUUUAAGACGCGCCCCGCGGCGCGGUGCAUUGUGGGCUGCUGGAGGAGCGAAGGGUCAGAUUGACGCGAUCAUGGCCGCGGUGUGUUUCUCCUUGAGCCGCUGCGCCGCCGUUCACCGACCCGCGAUAAUGGCGGUGCGGUUCGCGCAGACGGCGGCGGCGCCCGCGGCGCAACCCAGAAUCAAGAAGUUCCAGAUCUACCGCUGGGAUCCCGACAGAGUCGGAGACAAACCUCGCAUGCAGACGUACGAGAUCGACCUCAACACCUGCGGGCCGAUGGUUCUGGACGCGCUCAUCAAGAUCAAGAACGAGAUGGACGGCACGCUGACCUUCAGACGCUCCUGCAGAGAGGGGAUCUGCGGGUCUUGUGCGAUGAAUAUCAACGGCGGAAACACGCUGGCGUGUCUGAACAAAAUCGACACUAACACCAGCAAGGUGACGAAGAUCUAUCCUCUGCCGCACAUGUACGUGGUCAAAGACCUGGUGCCGGACAUGAGCAACUUCUACGCGCAGUACAAGUCCAUCGAGCCGUACCUGAAGAAGAAGGACGAGUCCAAACAGGGGAAGGAGCAGUACCUGCAGAGCGUCGAGGACAGACAGAAACUGGACGGCCUGUAUGAGUGUAUCCUGUGCGCCUGCUGCAGCACCAGCUGUCCGAGCUACUGGUGGAACGGAGACAAGUAUCUGGGACCAGCCGUCCUCAUGCAGGCGUACCGCUGGAUGAUCGACUCGCGUGACGAUUACACCGAGGAGAGGCUCUCCAAACUCCAGGACCCGUUCUCUCUGUACCGCUGCCACACCAUCAUGAACUGCACCAGAACCUGCCCGAAGGGUUUGAAUCCAGGCAAAGCCAUCGCCGAGAUCAAGAAGAUGAUGGCCACGUACAAAGAGAAGAAGACGGCGUCGGCGUAAGCGUCCCGCCUAAUUUAAUGAAGAUGUACAGAUCUGCAAAGACCAGCGGCUCACACGCACACACACACACACACCAGGACAGAGAUCAUAUUAUCAUGCACAAACCGAUGCUGCAUUGAGUCGUUUCUGCUCAUCACUCCAUAAAGAGACGCUUGUGUUUGUUUCAGAGAUGUUUAAGAUCUUAAGAGAGAUCUCGCUGUAUAUUAAAUAAAUAUAUGCUUAUAGAACACCA